GCCUCACGGUCUACUACAUAACCAGCGACUGGACUUUGAUGUUGUUCGAAUCUCCAGAGAUUAUUUUUUUUCCAGAGGAACACACAGGUGAAAACAUCGCAAGUGAGUUGAAGGAGUUUCUCCAGGAACGGGACUACUGACAGUGGAGAAAGCAGCUACCCUGAACAACUGGAAUAGACUGACUUGCUUUGGACACUCUCUUCACACUGCCAUAGAGGAACUCUGCACACUUUGAUCAAUGCCAUCUAAGAAGAAAGAUUCCUGGUGUGGCUGCCCAUCCCUGGACGCAGCUCGCCUCACCCUGCUCGGCGUCCUCAUUGCCCUUUACAUGCUGGCUGGCGCCGUCUUGUUUUCUUCCUUGGAGAGAUCAGCAGAAAUACUGAGCCACCAGCUUUGGGAGAAGAGGCUAAGGGACUUCACUGGUGAGCACAACGUUUCUUACCAAGCUCUAAAUUCUCUUUUGCGCCACUACGAGGAGGCCAGGAAAGCGGGCAUCCGUGCAGAACGAGGCAGAGCCCUGUGGGACAUCCCAGGAGCGUUCUACUUUGUGGGGACUGUGGUGUCAACCAUUGGAUUUGGAUUGUCAGCCCCAUCCACAGUCGCAGGGAAGGUCUUGCUUGUUUUCUAUGGUUUGUUCGGCUGCUCGGCCACCGUGCUCUUCUUCGAACUCUUCCUGGAGCGAGUCGUCAGGCUACUGAGCCUCCUGUUAAAGUGGUGUCACUCCAAGACAAGCCAACACAGCUACCUGGAGGCCAGAGUCGGCGAAGUUGAGUGGAAGUCAUCCACCUACCAAGUGACCCUGAUCCUUUUUGCUGCCGUCAUGGCUGUCGCCUGUGGUGCUGCCUCGCUCUACUCAGCCAUGGAAGGCUGGACUUACUCAGAGUCGCUCUAUUUCUGCUUCGUGGCCUUCAGCACAGUGGGCUUCGGGGACUUUGUGAGCGUCCAGAGGAAGCAACAUGAGGAGAUCAGAGCCUACCAGGUGGCAAACUGCGUCCUGAUGCUCCUUGGUUUGUGUUUCACGUACGCCCUCUUUAGCACAAUCUCUCUGAUGAUCAGACAAGGACUGAACUGCAUAAUGAUGACACUAGCCAGGAUCUAUGCUCAUUUCAGCCAUGGCAAGCUGGACCAGAGCUGUCUAUCUGACAGUGGACCUCCUAUAUGCUGUCCUCGUGUUCUUGAUGCAUGUAAUGAAUCCCACUGUGAUUGGGCUAAAAGGGGAAGCAGCGUGCAACAACACUGGGAGACUGUAGACGGUGGGAAAGUACUUCCUACAGUUUUGGGAGGAGAAGCACAUUACGAAAUCAUUUAGUGACCAAAAAUUCAGCCAUGAACGCUGAAUUGGAAUUCUUCCUUGCCUCCGUCGCCUCACAUGAGUGCUUACUCAUGUGGGGUUGUGACCUUCAUGUGUAAACUGAUUUGGUGAUAUAUCAAUAACUUCAAUUCAGUUCAAUUCAACUGUAAAUGUGCGAGGAUGCAAUAUACUGUAUAUGAAUUGUGAAUCUAAAGUCAGGGUCUCGGGCUGCACGGUGAGCGAGUGGUUAGCGUGCAGGCCACACCGCUAGGAGACCGGAGUUCAAUUCCACACUUGGCCAUCUCUGUGUGGAGUUUGCAUGUUCUCAGUGUGGUUUUACUCACUCUGAGUACUCCGGUUUCCUCCCACAUUGCAAAAACAUGCUAGGUUAAUUGGCGACUCCAAAUUGUCCAUAGGUAUGAAUGUGAGUGUGAAUGGUUGUUUGUCUAUAUGUGCCCUGUGAUUGGCUGGCCACCAGUCUAGGGUGUACCCCGCACUCUCACCCGAAGAUAGCUGGGAUAGGCUCCAGCAUAGCCUGUGACCCUAAUGCUUUAAAUUUGUCGUUUUACUUUUAAACUAUUACCAUUCCUUUCACCAAAAUAAUAGAAAAAAUUAAUAAAAUAAAUAUUCAGUUUACACUUGA